GUUUGUGUGAGCAUAUCAAGGACGGCGUCAUGUGAUGUGGAAAGAUUUCAAAGCUGAAACCACAGCAGUUUGGUUUAGUGUCAUUUAGCAGGUGAACGUAUCCUCCAAUCGAUUGAGGUUUGUAAAAUGGUUGUAUCGGGCAGCAUACACCUUCCUCUGUGCUGCAGUCUUCUUCUUUGUCUUCUGCUGGGUUGUGCGUCUACAUCGAGCAUCAUAGCCACAGUGGGAACAGAUGCAACUUUGUUUUGCAAUUAUGAUGCCAAGUACUACGGCAAGCUUUCUGUGUGCUGGGGCCGUGGAGCCAUUCCCAGCAGUGGCUGUAGCGAUGAGGUGAUCCAGUCAGAUGGGACGUCAGUGAUCAGCAGGCUGUCAGAGCGCUACCUGCUCAUGGGUAAUCUGGACGAGGGCGAUGUGUCGCUGACCAUCAGGCAGGUGGAAGAGAGCGACUCAGGGAAGUACGGCUGCCGUGUGCAUAUACCGGGCUGGUUCAAUGAUCAAAAACAUCAGGUGACCCUGACUGUGGUGGCAGUCCGCCCUAACCCCCUGAAGGUGGAGAUAAGAGAGGUGAAGGAGAGAACGGUUACUGUCCGCUGGAAUCCUGUGUUUGAUGGUGGCAGGCCCAUCACAUCCUACAUGGUUGAUUUGAAAAACAAACAGACAUCCUGGGAUACCGCAGUGAGGACUGAAGUCUCAAAUCCUGAACUGACCCAGGUGACUUUGAUGGAUUUGCGUCCGGCCAAGUCCUACAACCUCCGUAUGUUCGUUGUCAACAGCAUGGGCAUGAGCGAGGCCAGCAACGUUCUGACAAUCACAACAAAAGAAGCAGCACCAGAGGGUCCACCCCUGGAUAUGCAGCUGGAGGCCCUCACCUCUCACAGUAUCAAAGUGACGUGGAAGCCUCCGAGCUUUAAUCUUAGAAACGGAUUGCUGCGGAGUUACAGCGUCAGCUACAGAGAGUACGACCCUGCAGGCAGACAGUUUAAGAAGUGGCAGCACCAGAGUGUGACGGCCACACUGGACAUGGAAAGCAUCAUCCUGAGCAACCUGAAGCCUUCCACCAAGUACGGUGUGCUUAUUCAGGCCAAAAGCAACGCAGGGAUCGGACCUGCCUCAACUGCACCACUCUGCACCACUCUGGAUGAAGUCGAUACAACUUCAGAAGUUGUAACUGUGAGUCCCACUACUGAUACCACGAUGCAGAGACAAGACACUUCAAGUUUUACUAGAGCAGUGGAGUCUGUUACUGAUGCCACAGUCUGGGAACAAAGCACCACAUGGAUUAUUUCAGUGCCCCCAGAUCCCCCAGUAGUCGAGUUAAAAGAGGUCAUAGACAAUUCAAUUUCCCUUUUUUGGACUCCUGGCUUCGAAGGUGACAGCCCCAUUACGGGUUAUUACUUGGAGUACAAAGGAGUGAACGCAUCAUGGGAUUACACAAAGGCAGUUGUAGACUUCAGCCCUAACCAGACAGAGGCCACAAUAAUAGAGAUAAAUCCUUCAACUUACAACAUCCGCAUGUUUGCCAAGAACAGUCUGGGCACCAGUAAAGCCAGCAACGUCCUCAUCAUCACUACUGGAAGAACAGGUCAUCAGAAGAAUGAUUCUGCUACCACCAUAUCACCUGACGCUGUAUCACCUGACUCUGUAUCACCUGAUGCUGCUGCGAUUGUCAACGGGCGUCAAAAUGGUCACCUCGCUGCCAUCGUGAUGCCGGUGGUCCUGGUGGUGUUGAUUGUUGCCAUAGUAACCAUAUGGCAACUUCGACGGAUAAAACAGAAACAAGGCAGCCUGAGCAUGUGGGUGAGCAAUGGCGCACUACGGUACAGAGGAUCUGAGUCACUGCAGGAGCUUUAAAACUCACAAUUACUCUACACAUCAGCCUAUUGUGUCGUUACUAUACUCAUUAAUAAACAGGAUGAAUUUUGAACAAGAAGGAUUUGCCAUGUCAUUGAUGAAAGAUUUGGUUCGACUUCAGCUGUCAGUCGAUUGAAAUAACCAAAAAAACAUCUCUACUUUGUAAAAAAACUUACCAAAGAAGCUGUAAUCACAAUGUGUUUUAUUUUUUAUGUGACAAUGUGUGAUUGGAUGGUACCACAUCUUUGCUACUUUAUUUUAUGCUAAUAAAU